AAACAGGCAUAAGAGUAGCUGGUGCAGAGCCACCCACAAACCAUCAGGUGAUCUCGCAGCAUUCACGGGCAAAAGUUGAUCGCAGCACUUUAAUCUGGACAGCUUCCUUCCUUGUACCUGAAAUCAGUUCAGUCCCUCACUUCAGACUCUAUCGUAUUUCUGGUGUCUAUUCGGUCAGUCCUUAUAUUAUAUAUUGGUAGAGAAGUGCAAAAAGAAUCAGUCAGUUGGAUCAAUUUUGACAAAGGGAACAGGGCUUCGAAUUUCCGUUCAUCAACCAGGAAUCUUACAAGGCUCGGUACGAACGUUAAUAAUGACUUCGAUCAAAGAGAGGCUGUUGAAAACAGUCGUCGAGCCUGUCUCGGGAGGUAAAAACAAAAUCACCAUCGUUGGUGUAGGUCAGGUCGGCAUGGCCUGCGCCUUCAGCAUCCUGACCAACAGUGUCUCGAGCGAUGUGGUGCUGAUCGACGUGAUGGCCGACAAGCUUAAGGGCGAGAUGAUGGACCUUCAGCACGGCAGUGCGUUCCUGAAAAACGCAAGGAUCAACGCGAGCACGGAUUACGCGGCGACGGCGAAUUCGACGAUUUGCAUCGUGACCGCGGGAGCCCGUCAGCGUGAAGGAGAGACGCGGCUGGACCUGGUGCAAAGAAACACAGACAUAUUCAAGGGCAUAAUUCCUCAGCUGGUGAAGUACAGCCCGGAAACAACUCUCCUGAUCGUUUCUAAUCCCGUGGACAUACUGACCUACGUCGCUUGGAAACUCUCGGGACUGCCAAAGAAUCGCGUUAUCGGAAGCGGCACGAACCUCGACUCUGCUCGCUUCCGUUUCCUCCUCUCGCAGAGACUCGAAAUCGCUCCGACAUCCUGCCACGGAUGGGUGAUCGGAGAACACGGUGACACAAGUGUUCCCGUAUGGUCAGGUGUAAACAUCGCUGGAGUGCGUCUUCGCGACCUGAACGACAAAGUUGGUACCGAUCAGGACCCGGAGAACUGGGGCGAAAUCCACAAGCAGGUGGUUUGGAGUGCGUACGAGGUGAUCAAGCUAAAGGGGUACACUUCCUGGGCGAUUGGUCUGAGCAUUUCAAACUUGGCGCAAUCGAUUCUGCGCAAUAUGAGCUCCGUCCACGCGAUCUCCACUCUCGUCAACGGAUUCCACGGCAUCACCGAGGACGUAUUUCUGUCCCUUCCUUGCGUCCUGGGCGAAAACGGAGUAUCCCGAGUCGUCCUGCAGCAGCUUACGGACACAGAGCGCGAUCUUUUGCAAAAAUCCGCAAAGACGAUGCACGAGGUUCAAUCUGGCCUCAAGUUCUAAGUCUUCAAUUCCUAAUGUCUUUUUGCUCCUAAAUACGUGUAUUUUGCCAUACAGCGCACAAAUUUGAUAGCAUUUAAUCAUUUAUGAUAUAACUCGUCAUUGUUUUCUCUCUACGUGUUCUUCUACGUUUAAUAUGGUAGAAAAGUGCAUUUUAUUCUGAUUCAUCAAUAUAUUAUUUAUUUUUUACCAAUCAUACGUAGUAUAAUAAUACUUUUGUGCUGCAUUUCACAAGUAUUGCAUUACUAAACACUUCUUCUGACCAUGCAAGACGGUUAAAGCUUGCGGUGUGUAUUCACCAAUCUGUCAGUAUUGACUAGUUUUCAUUACAAUAAGUCUAUAUUUCAAUAUGUGUGUGAGUUUAUGAUGUUAAUUUAUUCGAUGAUAAUUGGUGUAUAAUUACAGUAGAUGCAAAACUAAUGAGAUCAUAUUAUACUUAUGAUUGUUAGAAAAAAAAAUUCGAUGUACUAAACCUGCAGUGAAAUUUCAUGUAGUUAGUUAAAAUUUUAUUUUGCGGUCGAAUCCAUUGUCAAAAAAAUUUUUUCACUAUAUCCACGUACGCUGAAAUGCUUCAUCUUGUUACCCUGUAAAACUUUCUUGCGUAUAAGGCGAAGAUGUUGCAAGACUGAUGCUACUUCUCCCCAUGACUUUUCACAAUUUAACACCUAUAGCUUCUCACUGCCUAACACAUUAUAUGAAAACUGAGAAUAUUUGUAAUUUCUUUUCAGCUGAAAUAAUUAAUAAAAAAUUAUUUAUUUCUGUCA